GGCGCUCUUAAAACCUAGCUCCUGACUUUUCCUCAAGUUCAAUUUUUUGGGAUUCCCUCCCACCCCCAUCGCAUCUCGUCCUUUUACUUGCCAGUUGUGACUAUUUAACCCAGUUUACCUCUCCUUUUUUUCGCUUCUGCGGCGCGCAUCGCAUCGUCCCGCGUCUUCCUCCUCUGCUGCAGCUCUCCACUCGGACUCCUCUCUCUCUAUCUCUCUCUGCUUUUAUCUAAGGUUUUAUUGUUCUACUUUAAAGAAUGCGAACAUUUUUCAUCUGUCGCCUGUGUGGCCACAUGACGAGCUGCUCCUGAACAUUUUGCUUCGGUCUCUCUCAGGUCUGACGCGCCUGAACCUGUCCAUGGUGCUGAAACCGGUGCGCUGCUGCUCCCAAAUUUCCACAAAUACUUUUUUAUUUGUGCGUAUUUUCGCGCUCUGCAGACAAUUUCAGCAAUAGCUGCUUCAUCUUCCCGGCGAGGCUUGUGAACUCAAAACAAAAGGAGUUGGUCCUAAAGGAAGCAGAAAGAAGAGACUACAGCGGCCGCAUCGAUUUUCAGGAGGACUCAUCUUCCUAGACUUGACACACACACAAAAAAAAUCGGAUGCAUGGACGAUUGUUGUAACGCAACUUAGCCUGGAGAUAUUUGCUCUCUAGUUGCGGAGCUGGAAAUAGCGGAUCUUCAUUUGUAGCGUAUCCAGAAACAUUUCUCUUGGUGCGGGGAGGGGGGUUGAGUCUUCCUGUCUCCUCUGCUGGAUCAACUUCGACUUAAACAACCCCCCCUCCCUCCCUAAAAUAAAACUUGUCCUGAAUACCAAAUGGUAGUUUGAGGAGGCCUCGAUCGAGACAAUGGAGGCGUCCGCCAACGGGUCCAGUUUUGGCAUCGACUCGCUGCUGUCCCACAGGCCUGGAAGUCCGGUGUCCAAGGGGGACAGCCUGGUCGGGGAGUGCCGCUCGCCUCUGGAAUUCAGCCCGCGAUCAGACGUGGAGAGCGGCUGUUCGUCGCCUCCGUCGCCGAGGAGGGAGUGCGUGGACGAGGUGGCCCAGAGGCAAGGUCACGGCGUCGGCCUGCCGCCGCACCUGCAGCACGCGCAGAUCUCGGCGGGGUCGCAGCAGAGGACCGUGACCUCGUCGUUCCUCAUCAGAGAUAUUCUCGCGGACUGUAAGCCUCUGGCCGCGUGCGCGCCUUACUCCAGCAAUGGACAGCCGACUCAGGAGGCGGGGAGGCUGGCGUCGAAGAUAGCGGAAGACUUUAUGGAGAAAAUCCACAGCAACUCGUCGUCAGACAGUGAAUACAAAGUGAAAGAGGAGGGGGACCGGGAGAUCUCCAGCAGUAGAGACAGCCCUCAGGUCCGGCUGAAGAAGCCCAGGAAGGCCCGGACGGCCUUCACGGACCACCAGCUGGCGCAGCUGGAGCGCAGCUUCGAGCGGCAGAAGUACCUGAGCGUCCAGGACCGCAUGGAGCUGGCGGCCUCCCUCAACCUCACCGACACACAGGUCAAGACCUGGUACCAGAACCGGAGGACAAAGUGGAAGAGGCAGACGGCGGUGGGACUGGAGCUGCUGGCGGAAGCUGGAAACUACUCCGCCCUGCAGAGGAUGUUCCCGUCCCCGUACUUCUACCCGCAGAGCCUGGUGUCCAACCUGGACCCCGGAGCGGCCCUCUACCUGUACAGAGGCCCCUCGGCGCCGCCGCCGGCCCUGCAGAGACCCCUGGUCCCGCGGAUCCUGCUGCACGGCCUGCAGGGGGGCAGCGAGCCGCCGCCUCCGCCGCCUCUGCCCCCCAUGUCCGGCGUGCUUCCCCGGCCAGCUCAGCAGCGGUGAGCCGGCCCCUGCAGAUUUUUUUUUUUUUAAGUUGUUUUUUUUUUGUACGCCGACCCUGGCAGCUCGGGACUCACGAGGAGAAAGAAAGACAGACAAAAUAAAAACGGUGACGAACAAGAAUAAUAAAAUAAAAAACUGCUCGAGGCCUUUAUAUGGUGUGUAAUGGCCGGUGUGGGCUGAACUCUGUGGACGCAGCUUUGUGACUGAACCUGUCUGUGUGGAGGGACUUUUUUCUGUUCUUUUGGGACAUGAGCUUUAUUUAUAACUUAUUUAUUUUUCAAUAUGAAUCAAAGCAUCUAAGUUAUGUAUUUAUUUGAUCCAAGCUUCAGUAUUUUCAGUGUUCUCCACAACAAAAGACGCAAGUGUUGGUGGCACUUUGACCUAGAGUUGAAUGCCAAUUACACCCCCUGUUGGCAUCAUUAUUAUUAUUAUCAUUAUUAUUAUCAUUAUUAUUAUGUGGACAUCCUUCCAUGUAAUAUUAACAUAAUGUACUUAGUGGAUCCAAAGGAACAAUUUUUCUUUCCUAAACCUGUCAUUGAUUUUUGUUUACACGUGAACAACAAGAUGAUCAGCAGUCAUAAACCUGUAAAUAAGAAUAUUUUGCAUUUUAUUCGAAAGAGACUGUUUUAAAGAUUUUCUUUUGUUUUGUUGGUUGGUUGGUUUGAUCUACGAGUGCGUCUUUCUCAGACCACGGUGAUCCAGUUUAACAUAAUAGGCUAGAUUAGCCAUCAGAAACUUAUACAGGCGACGAGUCAAAAAUGAAAAAUAAACCUUAAAAAAAAAUGUGAGGAAAGAAUGCCUGGACCCACAUAUAGGCACAAACACGAGAGCUACGGAAAGAAAGAAAUCUAUAUAAAGUCUUUUUCUUGUUCUUAGUUGAAGUUUUAGCGGAGUAAAAAAAAUGUCAAGUAAUUUAUAAAAAAAAAAAAAGCAGUUUUAUCCCCGCAGAGGG